GUGGGGGCGGGGGAUUUCUCAGAACAUCGCUCCUCACAAAACUGGACAGAAGCUGAAAGUGCGGACCAGUAGCCGUCCAGUAGCAGCGUGUCCUAUCUCUCCUCCUAUUGGUCAGUCUUUACUUCGCGCUUUAAUUUUCGGAGAGAUCUUGAUUUGUGAAAAUACCCCCUCGGGGCUCGCGCGGGGCAGAACUUCAGAGUGAGUCCGCUCGUGCGCACGCGCGCUGGUAGUUUGGGGACAGCCGUAAAGUUUGCUCCUGUUAGACCGUCUCCGCAGCAGUCAGGGCGGUUUUUUUUGAGGACACAGGAAAAAGAAGAAGAAGGAGCAGAAAAGCAGCAGCUCUGUCCGUCCGUCGCGCGCUGAAGGAGCAGAGACCGCAAUGGACGCAGCCAAACGGAUCCUCGUGCUGGUUUUGACCUGUUCGCUCGGACCGCAGAUGUUAUCGGUCCAGAUGUGUGAGAUCAAGCUAGACCUGGAGAGGGAACGACACGAGUGUCUGGCCAAGUUGGAAAAUGUCACAUCAGGCUGCAGCAGUAAAUGGGACUUUGCGUGCUGGCCGUCGGCUAACGUUGGACAGCUGGUCACCAUUCCUUGCCCCAGUUACUUCAGCCAUGUCAGUGACAAAAGAGGUAAUAUAACAAGGACAUGCACCGUGGGCGGCUGGACAGAUACAGACUCUGCUGUCAUUGCACGGAAUUGCGGCUAUAGCCUGAAUUUAACAGAUGAAAAUGUGGGGGAAUUUCUGGGCUCGGUGAGGACUGGCUACACCAUUGGUCACAUCGUGUCUCUGAUCUUCCUCAUUAUUGCCAUCUUUAUUUUGUGCUUUUUCAGAAAACUCCACUGCACGAGAAACUACAUCCACAUUCACCUGUUCCUGUCCUUCAUCCUGAAGGCCAUUGCGGUUAUUAUGAAGGACGUUAUUCUGUAUGGAGUGGAGGAGCAGGACGACUGCAGUCCUGGAUCUGUGGGAUGUAAGGCGGCAAUGGUGUUCUUCCAGUAUGGAAUCAUGGCCAGUUUCUUUUGGCUGCUGGUGGAAGGCCUCUACCUGCAUGCGAUCCUCGCUGUCUCCUUUUUCUCCCACAGGAAGUACUUCAGGUGGUACAUUCUGAUUGGCUGGGGAGUCCCUGCGGUCUUCAUCAUCACAUGGAGCAUUACGAAAGCUUACUUGCAUGAUGUUGGAUGCUGGGAUAUUAUUGAUGAUAAUCUCUGGUGGAUCAUAAAAACUCCUAUUUUGAUAAUAAUCCUGAUGAAUUUCAUUCUCUUCGUUUGCAUCAUCCGGAUUCUUCAGCAGAAAAUAAACUGCAGGGACAUUGGCAGGAAUGAAUCAAACCAAUACUCGAGAUUGGCAAAGUCAACUCUUCUACUGAUUCCCCUGUUUGGAAUAAACUACAUCGUCUUUGCCUUCAUGCCUCAUCACAUACAGUCUUAUGUGCAGCUGGUGUUUGACCUUAUCUUGGGUUCUUUUCAGGGCUUUUGUGUGGCUGUCCUGUACUGCUUCCUAAAUGGAGAGGUGCAGUCUGAGAUUAGGCGUAAAUGGCGGCGGUGGCACAUGCAGAGGUUUCUGGGAACUGGCACUAAGUACCAGCAGCCGUGUCUGGCCAGCAACGGCAACCACUCCAGCACUCAGAUCACCAUGCUGACCAAAUGCAGCCCCAGCACCCGCCGGGCAUCAGCCUGCCAGGACGACUUCGCCACCAUCUGAGCUGAGCAAGAGCAGAGAACAAGAUCCAGGAAUUGGACCCAAAACACACUUCUUCAGCCGGAACCAGGGUUCCAUUGUCAUCACCGUGGAAAACAGUGUCUCGCGACUGAGUAGAUGGUCGGUGUUAGAUAGGAAUGUGGUCUACAGUGCAUCCGUGACGUGAACGUUGAUGUUCGUUUUCAUUCUUGUGCAUUGGUCAGCAGAAGAAACUAGCAAAUAUGGAUAGGACAGUUUGCGGUAUUAUAGUUUGGAAUUUUAUGACUGCGGUAUUAUCAUGUUUCACCUCCCUCUUUCACCACACCCUAACCUAUCAAUGGGUGAAAACGCUCAGCUAACUCAGAGAUCCUGAAAACACAAUGUGAUUUAUAGUUCACAUUGAUUUUAAUGCCAGCGAUAACAAAAGCAUGUCAUAAGUAAAUAUAAAUAAUUUCUUACAUGUAGAUCUUUGAAACAAGCAGUUGAAUUCCACCAAGAAUGUGUGUUGUAGGGGCUGUUGGGUGGUGUAGCUUUCUGGUCUUAUUGGCCCAUGUGCGAGUCCAAGAGAAGAGUCCAGGUCAAAGAGGGAGUCUAAUCACCCGUUUCAAUGCUGGUUUUAACAUGCCCUUGUCCACUUCAUCAUCAUCAUCAUCAAAACUAACUGCUUAGUCCAGAUAGGGUCAAGGUAGCAGUUAGGAGAGCAGAGAAUGCCAGACAAUCCUGUUCUCCAAAACUUCCUCCAGCUCAUUAAUGGGGACCCCAAGCCACACCCAUGCCAACUUGGAGAUAUAAUUCCUCCAAUGGGACCCAGUAGGCUGUGCCUGGUACACCCCCACUGGGAGGCGUCCAGGGAGCAUCCGGAUCAGAUGUGCAAACCACCACAACUGGCGCCUCUCAAUGCGGAGGAGUAGAGGCUCUACUUUGAGCUCCUCACCCUAUCAAGUAGAGUGUAGCCCACCACCCUGCAAAGAAGCUAAUUUCUGCUGCUUGUAUU